UUCUCGUAGUUUCACGCGAGAUCUGUCAUGGCCGACGAAGGAGGUUUAGACCUCGAAUGAACAUGUGUUAGCAUUAAAAACACAACCUUGUGACGUUUUGCAACCAACCAAACACGUGAUUCCAUUAUGCAGGGAAGGUUUCAACACAAUGACAACAGAUUUGGGGCCCCAAAUCAUGUGGCACGACAGCCACAUUUAGGAAAUGAAUUUCAAAAUGCGCCAAGGUUUGGAUUUGGAAACCGGGAACCACCAAGAUUUCCACAAGAUCAGUCUCAGAUUUUUAGUCCUCCUGCCGUCCCAUUUUCAAAUACAAGUCCAGGUAGCCACCCACAACAACGCGCACAAAAUAAUGUUAAUUAUCAUAAUCCACUGUUUAAUCCAAAUACCCCUGUGAUAAACCCACAUAUCCCCCCUCCCCCAAUGAUUGACAAUAUACAAUUUCAAAAUGUGUCCUUUCCUCGUCCUGUCUCCCACAUUCAGCAACAAGCUCCUGUCGGUUUUACUAGGAACGCUUCAGUACAACGCACUGGAAUGCCUAGUGCCUUUCCAAGGAAUGAUGUCCCUGAUUUUCUGAAAAUGCAACAAAGCUGGACUGGCAAUUCAAAAUGGAUACAGUCUGAUGAAGAAAUCAAUCAAGAAAAACAGCAAUCAAAUGCAGAAGUUAUUUUUCCGCCUUCAAACUUUCCCGAGGGCAGAAUGGAGGAGUGCACACAGUUCCCUCCUUAUCAUUUGGAUGACGGGUUCAAAAAUCCGAUUAUGUUUGACUCUCAAAAUUCUGUUGAAAACCAUAUGCAAUUUACAAAGGAUAAUAGAGAACAAAACAAGCCACUUAACAGAACAAAACAAGCAAGUCAGGAAUGGGUUAACAGAUGGUUGGAACAGAUAGGAAAGUCAUCUUCUGAACAUCUAACCAAAUCAUCACCAGUGCCCGAGUGUAGGACUCUGAAAAUCUGUGAAGCCCAAGAGCGAGUCAAACAGAUGGUUUUCCUUUUAGCGAAAUUAAAACAGGAGACAGCAUAUUUAGAGUCACUGACAUAUGACAGUGAUGAAUGGAAAACUCAUGCAGAGAAAGCCAAACAACUUCAGAUUCAAUUGAGACAGCACCAAGAGGUGAUGACGGAUGAAGCCAAGCUGAGUGACUUACAACAGAGAGUUUCCAACAGGAGAAAGAAAAGGCUGAGGCAGAAAGAGGUGAAGAAAGAGCGAUACGAAGACCGGGAAAAACAGAUGACUGAACGAGAGGAGCUACAUAAGAUGAUUGACAACUGGCAGGCCAGAAUUCAAAAGGAAGAAUCAAACAAAAAGCAGGAGAAAGAUCUGAAAGCUGCAGCAGACACUAUUCUCAGUGAGGUCAGGAAGAAAAUUGCUGAUGCUGUCAAAACCAUUGAUCUACUGAAGGGUUUACAAAAACUCCGAAAACUCCGAAAGGACAGGUUGUCUAGACAAGGAAUAACUGUACCCAUUGGUAGUGACACGAAGUUUGAGGAGCAGAUUUCACAGCAAAUCAAGACAAUGCAGUCACAGAAGGAAGUUUAUCUAGCGGAAGAGAAAACCCUUAAGGUAAUGUUAGAGGUGGAACAGGAGGAGACCAAAGAAAAAGAGAGGGAGCUGAUUCUAAAAAUAAAGAAACAGAAGGCAGAGAGGGAAGAGCGAAAGAUGAAUAUCAAAAUGUUUGGACCAAGUGAAGCUAUCCAAGAAGAUGACCCUAUAUUUCCCUAUUUCCAGUAUUAUGAUCAAGCUAACCAGGCCUUUGAGGCUUUUCUUCAGAUAAGAAGAGACUGGGACAUGUUUUUGGUACCAGAUGGGACUCCGGGUGGCAGUAGGAUACCUGAUGGAUUUGUCCUACCCUCAGAACCAUCUAGUGAAGCUUGGGCAACAGCUCUGAAAGAUGAAUAAAAAACAUUCAUAUCAAAUUG